GCCACUUUCCUGCAACGUUCCCAACAUCGCCGAGCCCCUAAAUAUGUCCGUUUAAUUUAGAAAACUUGUGGAGAAAACUCCAAAUAUUCACUGCACUGUGUUGGGGACAUUUCUCCUCAUCUCAGUCCUGCUGAGGUGAUCUCGGAUUUUGAGUCUGUGAUCCCUGGUUCAACUACCCAGCCAGGAGAAACAUCAUUCCUGCCCCUACCCUGUAAAUACCCUGUGAGACUGUGUCUGUCUCAAUCAGGAGGCUUCUCCAUGUGAACCUUGUGUUAACGAAAUUGGUGGCAGUUCUUUCAGACCAGCAGCUUUGACCACAAGAACACCAGACAGUUGUCAGCACGGAAUGUCCUGCAGUUACUGCAGGAGAAGGACUGGAUGGACACAGUGGAGAGGUUCCCUGAGCAGACAGCCCAGACCAUCUGGCAGAAUGCCUCAUCACCAGAUCUCACCAACAGGCACCAAGACCUCACCUGUCUGGAGACGAGAGGGCCCCUCCCAGUCUGAUCCUUGCUGCAUGCCCGGAGUCACUCCCACAGCGCACUGCCCCGAGAUUACUGCAGUGGAGACGAGAGGGCCCCUCCCAGUCUGAUCCUUGCUGCAUGCCCGGAGAUCACUCCCACAGCGUGCUGCCCCGAGAUUACUGCCGUGGAGACGAGAAGGCCCCUCCCAGUCUGAUCCUUGCUGCAUGCCCGGAGUCACUCCCACAGCGUGCUGCUCCGAGAUUACUGCAGUGGAGACGAGACGGUCACUCACCUCUUUGUGGACAGUGGGCUGGCGAAAAUCUGUGGAGAGAGAUGCAAGGGCCUGUGCCACAGCAGCUGCGUGACAGAAGGCUCACUGAUCUUCGGGCUGUUCCCAGGAUCCAAAGAAAAUCGGACAGCGAGUGCUGCUGGAAGAUCAUCAGCUCGGGGAAAGACACUCUAAACUUUUUGGCCUGCCAUCACACCGAGAUGUCCGGAGAGCAGGGGUUCCCAACCUGGGGUUCACGGUUACUGGUAUUGGUCUUUGGCACAAAAAAAGUUUCGGAACUGCUUUCGUACAGGAAUGCUGCCGACUGACACAUUCCAGUCUAUAGGGACACCAUUGGAUAUACAGGGAUUCUCUACACAGGACAGGGAGUGGCCGGGUUGGCUGAGGAAUCCUCAAGGUUAUUGUAGUAGUGAACCACCCCAGGGGGGCAGACGGCUUCUCCUUUCAGCGCAGGACUUCAAUCGUCUUCCAGGGGAAGGUCCUUCCGACCGCAGGGAUGGGGCCUUUUGAGAUUCAGCUGACGUUUUUGUCGCUCUAGGUUGUUAAUAGAUGGGUUUGCAAGCCAUAUGGCCAUCUCUCCUCCGCUCGUAGCCAGGCUUAGACAGACCAUGUCCACGUUUUCUUAUCUGUUGCACUUUUAAUGUCUUUUUGAUCCCACAUUAACCAAAAUUUCCACUGAACACAUCCAGCAUCAGAAUCUGCAGCUCUCGUAGUGGACAAUCGCGGUACUACAAUCGCAGGGGUUCAGCAGAUCCCCGAAAGUGAAAGCAUUCUGAAUCAGGAAGUGCCGGGAGUUAACAUGGCUUCGAAAAGAAAGGCCGAGAGUUGGACCGAGGAGGUAUUUUGUUCCAUCUGCCUGGAUUUCUUCACCGAUCCGGUUAUUCUGGAGUGUGGACACAACUUCUGUCGCUCUUGUAUCACACAGUGUUGGGAAAGGGAGCAGAGAAACUCCUGCCCGGAAUGUAGAGAGGAGUUUGCUGACCGCACCCUCAGGGUGAAUCGGGCCUUAGCAAAUCUGGCUGAAAAAGCUCGAAAUCUAAACCUGAAUCCGAAAGGGAAGGAAAGUAAACUUCACUGCGAGGAACAUGAGGAAGAACUGAAGCUGUUUUGUGAAACGGACAAGACACUGAUCUGUGUGAUCUGUGCAGUUGCGCAGAAACACAGAGAACACCGCUUCAUGACGAUUAAAGAAGCUGUUAAAAUCUACAAGGUUCAGAUAAAAUCUUCCUUAGACUCUCUCACAAAAAAGAAAUCAGACUUCCAGGAAAAGGAGCAGCAACAGAAAGAGAAGAUUUCCGGAGUUCGGGAACAGUCACACAGCCUUCAGUCCCACAUCACAUCCCAGUUUGCUGACCUGCACCAGAUUAUCACUGAGAAAGAGCAGAGCUUACUCAGGGAUCUCAGGGAAGAAGAGAAGAGGAUUCUUAACACAAUGGAGAAAAACCUUCUUAAGAUUCAAGAGAAUAUAAGGUUUAUUCAGGAGGAAAUCACUAAGUUAAAGGAACAGAUGGAUCGUAAAGACGGUGUGAUAUUUCUGAAGGAGGAAGCUCGUCGGAACAGAAGAAUCAGUUACGAUCUCCAGGAAUUGUCAGUGACAGAUGAGGCCAAACCGGUUGAAAAAUUCGAUCACCUCUAUUUGUUGAACACAGUGCUGAGAGAAACGCUUGAUGCUAUUAAUCGAGUCUCUGUCACUCUGGAUGUGGAAACGGCGAAUCCGUGUCUCGAGGUGUCUGAGAAUCGGAGGAGUGUGAGACGGACCGGGACCCGGAGAAAUCUUCCUAAUACCGGGAAGAGAUUCACACACUGGGCUUGUGUGCUGGGAUCGGAGGGAUUCACAUCGGGGAGACAUUACUGGGAGGUGGAGGUGACGGGGAAUCGGGACAUGUGUCUGGGGGUCGCCGCAGAGUCUGUGGAGAGGAAAGGAGGG